AUGGCAAGAAACGGAUCAGUGGAAUGCACCUUGCUGAAAUCUCACGCAGAAUGUUCUUCCCAGGUAGGCAUUGAUUCCAAAUUAAGACGAGCUUUUGACUUAAAAACUAAACUAGAGCAAGAUAAAUUGAGAAAAUUGAAGGAGAAAAGACAGAAAGAGGAAAUACGGAAGAAAAAUGCAGCAGAGAUUGCAGCAAAUAAGAGGAAAAAGGAAGAGAUGGAGAGGAGAGAUCGUGAGCAAAAGAGGAAGCGAUUGGAAGAAGCACAGAAACAGAAAAAUGCAGUAGAGAUUACAGCAAAUAAGAGGAAAAAGGAAGAGAUGGAGAGGAGAGAUCGUGAGGAAAAGAGGAAGCGAUUUGAAGAAGCACAGAAGCAGAAAAAUGCAGCAGAGAUUGCAGCAAAUAAGAGGAAGAAGGAAGAGAUGGACAGAAGAGACCGUGAAGAAAAGAGGAAGCAAUUGGAAGAAGAAAAGAAGCAGCAGAAGAAACUUGCGGAGAAACUUCCUGCAAAGAAGGAAGCACAAGAACAGAGGCGCCAAUCUCUGGCGCCUAGUCAACAAUAUAUUUACCCCGACAAGAUAUUUACUGGUGCAAGAACUUGCAACUUAAAUAAAGGAAAGAGAGCUAUCAAAGUGAAGGCUUUGAAGGCUUCUGAAGUUGCAAAACGAUUUGAAGAGGAAAGAGAACAAGAACGUAAAAUUAGGAAGGAACUAGCCAAACGUGGUGAACAUGAAAAGAAAAAAUCAAACGAACUAUACAGAGGAGAAAUCCAAGGAAAGAGAGAUAUUAAAGUGAAAGCUUUGGAGGCUGCUGAAGCUGCAAAACGACUUGAAGAGAAAAGAGAACAAGAACGGAAAAACAGGAAGGAUAAGAUGAAAAAAGAACAGAUGCAUAAGCGAUUAGAAGAAGCACAGAAGCAGCAGAAGGAACUUGAGCAGAAACUUCAUGCAAAGAAGGAAGCAAAAGAACAGAGGUGUCAUGCUCUGGUUGAAUAUGAGCUUAAGAGGAAGGCAACGGAGGAAAAGGCAAAGAAGCAACGCCAUAUAGACAAAGAAAAGGAAGCUGCUCGGUGUAGACGACGGAUAGAGGAGGAUGCCAACUCUGACAAAUUUGCAUCGAAGGAUGCAAAAAACAUGGAAGAAUUCUAUCAGCACAAUGGAACAACAAUUCAGGCCCAAAAGGCAUAUGUUCGUAAGGAAUCAAGCAUGUCAACUAGUUGUGCAAAUGGUGCACAUGAAACAGAAGGGCAGUCAAUGUUGGGUAGUAAUGCAUCCAACAUCAAUGUUGAUAUUUAUGAAUUAUCACCUUAUGAGGAGGGGGGUUCAAAUGGUUCAGAUGAGGAUAGCAAUGAUGAUGUUACUCCAGCCAAACUCAUACCACUAUGGGCAAGGAAAGAGAAUCUGAUUCCACAUAUCAUUAGCCAACAAUAUAUUGAUCCUGAUGGGAUAUUUAUUGGUGCAAAAACUUGCAACUUAAAUGAAGUUUUUGAACUUAACGUAUCAAAUAGGACGAGAGAUUUCGAACGGCGCAGUAAUAGCGGGGAAUGGCUCAAUGACUGUUUUACAUUGGAAGAAGAGUUACUGUACAAGUUACAGAUGGGAUACAUAAAUUAG